UUCUCUCGGACUAGAUUACCUCAUUCAACCCAGUGCCGUAAAACUCAACAGCCUGAGUCUGGCCGACGCUCAGAGCUGUGAGGAGCUUUUUUGUUGUUGUGCUGCUGCAACAAAAACGGUUUAUUUACGGUGGAUGUAAAGUAUUUCUCCAAGCACGAUGGAUGCUCAUAUGUUGAUGCUCCUCCUUCUCCUCCUGACACCCUGCACGUCGCAGCAGAACAGAAAUGGAAAGAGAGAGUGUACAAACAGCGCUGCCAUUGAGGAGCUGAAGAAACAGAUUGUGGACAUUGUUCAAGAGCUGAAUCUGCUGAAAGAGAAGCAGGCUUUACAGACAGUUUGUCUGCGAGGCACCAAGGUCCUCGGCAAGUGUUUCCUGGCCGACCCGGUGAAGAAGACCUUCCGCGCAGCCAGCGCCGACUGCCUCGCCAAGGGAGGCAGUCUGAGCACGCCUCUGACAGGGGACGAGAACGACCAGCUCCACAACUACGUGCGUCAGAGCAUCGGCCCAGAGGAGCACAUCUGGCUGGGCAUCGACGACACGGUGACCGAUGGCCAGUGGGUGGACCAAUCAGGCUCCGGCUUGCGCUUCAAGAACUGGGAGACAGACAUCACCCGGCAGCCGGACGGAGGCCGCAGCCAGAACUGUGGCAUCCUCUCCACCACGGCCAACGGGAAGUGGUUCGAUGAGAGCUGCCGGGCGGAGGAGGCCUCCGUGUGCGAGUUCAACAUCGUCUGAGGGCCGGUGUCACUCUGCGCAGAUACAUAGUUCAAUGAAAUGAAAAGUGGUUCCACAGAGACACAUAAAAGGUAAACAUUUAAAUGAAUACAGGGACGUAAAACAUACUUUCUGGGAUACGUUAUGUCAUUGUGUGAGCUGAACACAUCAUAUGCAUUCGACAAACUCCUGUUCCCAAUUACUCCAGCAUGUUAUAACAUAAUUACAUAUUCAUAAUAUUCAUUAAAUGUGUUUUGUGUUAUCUGCUAAUCAAUGCAAUAAACACUUUUGAGGAAAACUAAA